AUGAAUUCUUCCCCUUGGUGGGUACUUGCUUGAACUUAUGGGGCUCGAUGAGCCGGCCUGAUUUCCAGGUGUGUAAAUGUCGGACGGGUUGGACCGGGUUCAAACUGGAUUGCCAUCGUAGCAGCAGUCUGUAUAGUCGAACAAUUUGAGAGUUGAGUCUAGUCGAAGAAGAAGACGAAAAUGGCAACAGAAAGGCAUAAUUCUGGGAAUGCAUCUCCUGAAGAUAAUACCUUAUUCCUUGACAUACUACAUGAGGCACCUUUAUUUGGUCGCCGGAAGCCUACACGGAUUUUCGGGAGCAUUUUCUACUGCUUUCUAUUGGCAGGUUUUGCUAGUUUGGCUGUAGGAGCUACAUGGGUAUUUCAUCCCAUUAAAGAAUUGGUCCCUCCCUUGCUGUGCAGUUUUAAUGUUAUCCUUUUGUUUGCCACGGGCAUUUUUCAACAAUAUCUAGCAUACCAAGUGAAAAAAAUCCGAUUACAGGGCUAUUACAUUUUCAGCCAGAAGUUGAAACAUAUAGUUCGCUUACCAUUUGCUGUGGUUUCAUAUGGAACUGCUACAAUGUUGCUUGUCAUGGUCUGGAAUCCACACAUUAGCUUUCUCUCCAUGUCUACAUUACUCAGAAUCAUUUUAUUAGUUGAAGUAAUAUGUGCUAGUUCCUUCAUGAGUGCUUAUAUUGGAUAUGUUCAUCAGUACAACUCACUUGAUUCUCAACCCGAUGUUUUAAAAUCACUUUAUUCUCCGCUUCAACCAUCAAGUUCUUUGGAAGGCCUAAGGUAUCAUGAUGGUGGCAGACUCUCGGAUCAGCAGAUGGCCUUACUGCAAUAUCAACAAGAAAAUAUUCAUUUUUUAAAUGAGGAGAUUCUUAGAUUACAAGAAUGUUUAAGCAAAUAUGAAGGAUCGAAUGAUGGGAGUGCACCUCAGGUUGAUCUUGCCCAUCUGUUAGCUACUCGUGAUCAGGAGUUACGCACAAUUUCAGCUGAGAUGAAUCAAAUGCAAUCUGAGUUAAGGCUUGCUCGAUCACUGAUUGCUGAGAAGGAUGCUGAGAUUCAACGUGUGCGCAGUACAAACAAUCAGUAUGUGGAAGAAAACGAAAGGCUCAGAGCAAUCCUGGGGGAAUGGAGCAGCCGAGCAGCCAAACUUGAGCGCGCAUUAGAGGCCGAACGGAAAUCAAACUUUGAGUUGCAGAAGAAAGCGAGCUCUCUAAGAACCCAAAGUCCAACCACGUGAGGGAAUCUUAGCUCCUGAAAGAACUCCAUGAACAAGUAUGUAAGCUUUGGUUCAUUACCUUAUCCCACUUGACAGUUCUGCUGUAAUGUUGUGUUUAUUAAGUAAUAUUAUACAUCUAACAUUGAGUGAGUUCUAUUUUAUCAAGAUAGAUGGCCUUGUUUGGGAACACUGUUUUCAAUUAG